UUGUCUCCUUACACUCUCCGUAUUAAUCACUAUAUACAACUUUUUGAGCCGUUUUAAGCAUCAGAAAAUAACUUUAAAGUAAUUUUCUUUGCCGAAAUUGGAUUUAUCAAGUGUAACACGGGAAGGAGACGGGAAGAAAAACGGCAGCAUCAACCGGUUUAAGACGGAAAAAACUUUUUAACACCGAAACAGAGAGGAAUUCACAAGCAUGGAUUGUAUCAGCUGCAACUGAACUCAAAGCUUCCCGAAACAUGUUGGACAAAAGGUCCGUGGAGCUUCACCUGGAGGAGGAGGAGAUCAGAGGGAAACACGUGAAGGAAUCGUUCGACAGUCAGUAUCACUGCGGUCCUCUGCUCGGCAGCGGCGGCUUCGGCUCAGUGUUUUCAGGCCAGCGGCUCUCAGAUGGACUGCAGGUUGCCAUUAAGCAGAUUUCCAGUGACAGAGUUCAGCAGUGGGCCAGACUGCCCGGUGAGGUCAGUCCCGUUCCCAUGGAGAUCGUCCUGCUGCAGCGGCUGUCAGAGGUCGGAGGUCACGGCGGGGUCAUCCGCAUGCUGGACUGGUUCGACGUGGAGGGGCGGGGCUUCCUGCUGGUGCUGGAGCGCCCGCCGCAUUGCCAGGAUCUGUUUGACUUCAUCACAGAGAGAGGAGCGUUGCCCGAGCAGCUAGCGCUCAGGUUGGUUUCCCUCCAACACGUUUCCACACCAGACGCUUUCCUCUCCUCCUCUGCAGGGUUUAACUCCUCCUCUUUCUGUUUCAUCUCCUGCAGGUUUUUCCGUCAGAUCGUGGAGGCGCUGCUGUACAUGCACGAUCACGGCGUCGUGCACCGAGACAUCAAAGACGAGAACAUCGUGGUCGACACGCGGACGCUCGACGUCAAAAUCAUCGACUUUGGAUCCGGAGCUCCUCUCAAAGAGACCAUGUACAGCGAGUUCGAAGGAACUCGGGUCUACAGUCCUCCGGAGUGGAUCCAGUCUCAGUCGUAUAAAGCCGUCUCUCUCACCGUCUGGUCUCUGGGCGUUCUGCUCUUCGACAUGGUGUGCGGCGACAUCCCGUUCGAGCGCGACCAGGAGAUCAUCGGGGCCACGCCCAUCUUCACCCGACGAGUCUCUAAAGAAUGCCAGUCUCUGAUUCGCUGGUGUCUGUCUUACCGUCCCGAGGACCGUCCGACUCUAGAGGAGGUCCUGUCUCACCCCUGGAUGGAGGGAGGAGAGGUGGAGGAGGAGGGAGGAGACCUGCAGGAGGACCACAGCUCGCUGCCUAGCCAGUCCCUCUAAACCCACCUGCCCCCCCCCACACAGAGAGAGACGGCACUGUGGACGCUCUCUGAGACACACUGGACAUUAAAGUAGCAGCUAAUAAACUACGAGAGACUUUAAAGACAGAAAAAACACAUCAAAACGAACAUUUAACAUCUUUUUAUUUAUUUAUUCUUUUCUUUUGGAGGAGAGGAAAUGAGCGGCGGCUGAACAGAAACAGAAACAGAUGGAAUUUUUUUUGUCCCUGCAUUAAUCUGUUCCUCUUCAGCGGCCGACUCUCAGAAUCUCAGAUUGUCCUUGAACGCACCGUCAGCUGCAUCAGCGCACGAUUGUGAAAUGACUCAAAGUUCUGGUUUGAAGGAAGUAAAAAAUCAUUUAUAUAUUUAAAGCUGAAACAUGAAGGAAGCAGCGAUGGCGUCCUACAACCAAAUCUAUUUAUUCUUUAUUUGAUUUCACGCUGAAGUCUUUUAUCAGUUUUUUUUGUUGGAAGAAGCGACGUUAGAUUUGGAGCAGAUGGACUUCCUGUUUGGUUAUUUAUUGAGUCGAGUAUUUAUUAUUUUUCGGGUCUUUUUGAAGAUGCAGAUUUUAAUUUUUCUCCUUCUUUUUACAACACUGGUCGGUGCUUCUCUUACAGUUUAUGUUUGGAGUCUUUCUCUGAAGUUUUCACUGAUCAUUUUCAUACAAAGAGGCUCGAAUCUGAGAGUGAAGCUGGUCCAAUGAUCUCACUGAAAACUCCCCAAAAAUGAAAUAAUGCAAAGUCUCAACCUGCAGGAUUUUAUCACAGAGCAUGAGAACAAAACAAGACAAUAAUUAAGUGAUGAUAAGAUAGACACUUCAAAGUAAACCUUCUACAGUCUGAACAGGACGGAGACACAUUUCUGUUAAAAUAUCUUAAAGGAUAACAUUUUGCUUUAUGGCAUUUUUGGGAAGCGUGCAGUUACAUUACAGAAUAAUCAGCAGAUAUUUUAGUCUUAUUUUUAAGCAAAAAUGUCAAAUGUUCCGUUUGCAGCUUCUGCAAUGUGAGGAUUUGCUUCUUUUCUCUUAUUAUGAUUUUAAACUGAUUAUUUUUGGGGUUUUGAAUCUGAAAACUUUAAUUCUUCUCUGAGGUUUUAUAGACAAAAUGAUUGAGACUGAAGCCGAUAACAGGGAUUAUAUUCUUCAUAGUUUUGUCUAUAAAACGUCAGAAACGAGUGAAAAUGCUCCAGAACUCAGAUAUUUAGUUUAAUGUCAUAUUUAACAAAGAAAAGCAGGAAGUCAUCUCAUUUGAGACGCUGAAACAGGCAAAUAUUUCUCAUUAUUACUUUAAAAAAGACUCAGUGGUUGCUAAGUAACCAGCAUUCACUCUCUGAUUCUUCAUCUUACUCUAAAUAAUUUAAUUAAUAUAACGAGCAGAGAUCAGCUGUUAAAGUUUCAACAGUGAAAGUAAAUAAAAACCAGAUGUGACAUUCAGGAGUUUUUCAGCUCUGAGGUCAAAGGUCAGUUUGAUGUUUUUGUCAUGUUGACGUUGGGAUGUGACGUCACUGUAAAUACUUGUGUAUUGUUCAAUGGUUUAAAAAGGUUAUAAAGUGGUUCAGUCACUUGUUUCUGUUUAUUUAUAUUAAAUAAGAAUUUAUGGAUCAAAGAAACUCAAAGAUCCGACGUUUGAAUAAAACCUUUUGGGUCA